AUGCAACAAAUUGUUCCUCGAAAAUAUACCUUUUGGUAUUACACUCCAUCACUUCCCGCCGCAGUGAUCUUCUUGCUUGCAUACAUCGCCUUGACCGGGCUUCAUUCCUGGAAGAUGUUCAAAGCCAAAGUCUGGUUUUGUAUUCCAUUCACAUGCGGUGGCAUUUUCGAAAUUAUUGGCUAUAUCGGUCGCACAAAAGCCCACAGCGACACCACAUCGAUGGGACCCUAUAUCUUACAGAGCAUCUUCAUCCUUCUCGCACCAUCGCUCUUCGCCGCCUCCAUCUACAUGGUUUUCGGGCGUCUCAUUCGCCAAGUUGAGGGAGAACACCUUUCUGUGAUCCGUAUCUCCCGGUUGACUAAGACCUUUGUCUGGUUCGAUGUACUCUCUUUCGUCAUCCAAGGCAACUCAUCUGGUCUCUCGGUGAUGGGGUACGACACCGGAGCAAAGAUUGUAGUCGUUGCGGGUCUGGUCAUCCAACUCAUCUCCUUUGGCGCUUUCUGGAUAUCCGCCCUAGUAUUCGAGAGACGCAUCCGCCGCAGCCCUACGCCCAAAUCUCUUCUUCCGGGCAAUACGUGGAAGACGACUUUGAAGAUGCUUUAUGCAGUCAGUGCCCUGAUCAUUAUCCGCUCAAUCUUCCGCAUUUUUGAAUACGUGCUGGGAAACGAUGGAUAUCUCUUGCAGCACGAAUGGACAGGCUAUAUCUUUGAUGCCGUACCCAUGGUGGCUGUCAUGAUCAUAUACCUCGUUUGGUAUCCCAGUCAUGUCACAGCCACAGGUGAUUUUACCGGCAGUCUACCCCUUGCGCAGGCCUAUUCGAAUCUCUGA